CAUCCAAGGGGACUGGCGCCACCGCCCAUCACCAUCAUCAUAAUCAGGGGAAUCACCCGCGCUAACACGGCGUCCCCCCCUGGUCGUAAACCCCGUCCGUCCGACUUAGCGAAAAAGUAGGAAAGGGGCUUUUUUUUUCGCAUCCUCGCAUCGCACACACACGCACUCGCGCCGCGCCGCGGAUUGUCCUAGGCCACCACGCACGAGCGUCUUCUCCCUCGCUUCCCGCCGCUGGGUCUGUUUGGCUCUCCGAUCUUCCGUCCUUGUUUUAUCGAUUUCUUUUUUUCUUUCUUUUUUUUCUUUCUCAGUCGGACGCGGGCCCGAGGUGGUGGGUUCGAAGUACAGUGCCGACCUGCCUGUUCGUCUCCCGACUUGGCGGAUCGAUCGAUCGAAAGGGGGUUGAUCAGCCCGCUCGUCGAGCCAAACCCACCCGGACCUGGCGUCGCUUCGGUCCCAGCCCUCGCCCAACACCUCCGUCCCUGCUUGAAUCGCUGCCGGCUGCUGCGACGACGACCGUCCAACAGCCCGUCUGGAUUGCGGGUGUAACCGGUUGCUUCGCGGUUCCUCUUUUCUUUCUUUCCCACUGGGGCUAGAAUCCAGCCGGCAGGGCACAUCAGACGGUCGCUUCAUUGGUGGCUGCACCCUUGCCGCUCGCCCUUCACGUUUCAUGCGUCGCGGAUUCCCCGUCACACUGAAUCAAUCUGGGGGACCUGGGAGGAAGUUCAAGAACUCGGGCGUCAUUUUCGACUCAGACCAGACGGCUUGAUGAACCACGACAGCCGCCGCACGCGAGCCCGAAUCGAAGACAAAGACUGCGACACAUCCUCUCGCCACUGUCACCUCGUCAGGCACCAGCCACGACCAACCACACUCUUGGCGCAAACCCGAACCCACGACGGUCCAGAUCAGAGACAUUACCGAACCGGGCGACGCACCCCCGAAUUCCAGCCUGUCUCGCACAGCCGCGACAGCCGCAACCAGCCUGACACCGCCUGUCACCAGCUACGGCGACGUGCGCAUCCGCCGCGAGCGUCAAGCUUGAGCUCGAGAAAUACCACCAACUAAACCACAGUCGCUCCUUUGAUCGCCAACCCCUAAUACCAUGAAUGGUCGCAAUGCACCGCUGUCACCACCAACUUCUAUAGGCGGUAACGACUGGGCGCGAUACUCUCCUCCCAUGGACAAGGACGGCCCAUAUCCCAACAGUCGCGGCAACAUCAUAACACCACCCGCCUCGGGCGGCUCGAUUGGAGGCAUGAACGGUGGAUUCCCGCCCGGCCCUCGCAGCGUCGGCGGGCCCUCCCCGCCGCCCUCAGUCGGCCGAUCCAGCGCGGGCAUCGGCCAGUACGCCAGGAGCGAGAGUGGCAGGAGCGUGAAAGAUGAGGGAGGCGAGGUCGUCCUGGGCGAGCACUAUGUAGUUCUAAAGCGCUUCCUCGGCGCCACAUCCCAAAACGGCCAGCCACCAGCUCCGAAUAAGGCACGCGACAAGCUGCAGCGUCUGACCGCCGUCCAGUUCCUCGAACUCAGUACCGACGUCUACGACGAACUGAACCGACGAUACCCUCCACCAAACUCAGAACCGCCUCCCAAAUACCUACUGCCACGAGACAACUUCCACCCAAAACGUAACCAGGCUCGCCAAAAGCUCUCGUCACUCCCGCCUCCGCGCUUCCGUGACCUAGCUACUGAUGUCUUCACCGAGCUCGAACGAAGGAUACCCCGUGUCAUCGGCGGAGACAUUCCUCGCGUCAACAGCCCCGCCUCGAUGAGGAUGUCGAGCCGGUCUAAUACCCCGAUCAAUGGCAUGAACGGAUUUCCCCCAAGGAGUCAGAGCAGGGUAAGGCGACCAUCCGAGGCGAGCUCCAUCAGGAGUGCGGCCCUGGGUUCGGCGUACGGAAUACCUCCUUCUCCUGGGUUGCCGCCAGGGGGCUUCGAGCGGCCUCUGGCGAAACAGUCGCAAAGUAAUACCAUCGUGCCAAACAAGAGCACCAUGGUUGAGGAGGAUGAUGACGACGACUCACCACUCAGCCCGCGGAGCACCUCGCGCGGGGAUGCAUUGAGACUCAAUGCCCAAAAUCUGCCCCGUAGCGGCGGCAACGAGCCAAGCAGUGCGCUCUCUGAUGCCGACCGGAGGUUACUGGAUGACUACGAGAUACAGGUACGGGAACUCAAGGAAAAGCUGGAGUCCAUGCAGGAAGACAUUCGGAAAAAGGACGAGCAACUUGAGUCGAUCCAGGAUGAUCAGCGACGCCAAGCGACGGUAGCAAAUGUCGAUAAGAAGGCAUGGGAUGAUGCUCGCCUUGAUCUUGAGAGCCAAAUUUCGGAGGCCCAAAGCCUUAACGACCGCCUCAAGCAGGAGCUGGAUCGCAUUAGGGACGACCACGACGCCGACACGCGCCGACUGCAGGACGAGAUAGAGGACCUGCGACAAAACGCUGGCAACGAACGUGGAGGAGGCGGCGAUGCGGACCUAGAGCGGGAGAACGAGGAGCUGCGCAGGACACUCAGAGAGCAGGAGGAGGUAACGGAGGAGGUCCAGCGUGAUGCUCAGGAGCUCAUGCGUGAGAUGAGGACGCUCUCGCAACAGAGCGGGGCCGCCUGGCAAAAGCAGAGCGAGCUGGAGAAGACGAUCGAGCAGCUCGAGCAGGAGGCCCGGGAGUGGAGGAACCGCUACACGCGCACCAAGACGCAGCUGCGGAACAUGCGCGCCACAUCCAUGGGCUUGGCUAUGGAGCAGGACGCGACGAAGUACUUGCGGGAACGGGGCUUUACGACGGAGAACGGGCUGGUUAAGGACGUCCACGUCACCAAGUUCCAGGUUUCGGUUGACGAGCUGCUCCAGCGCGCCCGCUCCGGAGAGCCUGAAAAGGUGAUGGAGCCUAUGAAGGCCGUUGUCGUCAACGUCCGUCGCAUAAUUAAGGAUAUGGAGGACGGCAGCAACGAGCAGCAGCGCCAGCAACACUCGCGCCUCAGGGGCCGCAUCUCGUCCACAGCCAACAACCUCAUCACCGCGGCCAAGAACUUCGCCUCUGGCGCCGGAAUCUCGCCCGUCUCGCUCCUCGAUGCCGCCGCAUCCCACCUGGUCGCGGCUGUGGUCGAGCUGCUUCGGAAUGUCAAGAUCCGGCCAACGCCAGCCGGCGAACUUGAGGAUGACGACGACGAUGAGACCGCUACUCCGAGCGGGUCUAUCGGAUUCUUCUCCCCGAGGAGCCAGGCGCCGACGCCUCUCACGACCAGCACCAUCUCCCAAAAUGAGAUCCUCCCGCCGCCACCAUCGCUCCAGGGCAUCGUCGACAGUCGCGUUAGCAUCCAGUCUUCGGCUUACAGUCCAGUUACGUCCCCGCGCGAGUCCCGGGACCGCUUUGGUGGGCCAGUCGGUGGGCGCAGCAACGGCCUCGGUAUCGGCGCCAACAUGAACGGCGGCUAUGGCCCGGGCCCGAACAAGAGCCUCCCUCCGGCUCCCAACGGCUAUGGCUCCAACGGCAACGGCAACGGGUAUGGCAUGCCGCCGCCGCGGAAUAGCCAGAACGAGGACCUCAAGAUCUACCUCGAGGAUCAAACUGCUGUCCUCAUCUCAGACAUCCAGGAGCUCGUUGCGGCCAUCCGGAGUGAACAGGGCAUUGACAGGCUUAGGGACGAGAUCGGGCGGGUCGCCAACGUUGUCGACAAGAUCGUGGGCGAGACGGACCGCAGCGGCAACCGCAACCUGACGCAGCAGCUGCAGGACUCGCGGGAGCGCCUCCUCGAGGCCGGCGACCACGGGCUGGAGCUUGCAAACGUCGGCAACGGCCCCGGCAGCAGGGAGUGGCGCAUGUGGACGCAGACUCUCCCCCCCAUCGCCUUUGGCAUCGCACGCGACGCCAAGGAGCUCGUCCAGCAGGUGGACAGGCUCGUCCUGCCCAACGGCGGUGCCGAUGACUUUUCAUGAUUGCUCAACCACUUUUCUCUUUUGGCUGCAUCUUGGGAACAGGACAAGCAAAAAAAAUCAUCAAAAAGCGGCAAACCCUUUUUCAUUGACGUUCGUUCGGCAUUUUCAUCCUUCUUAUACAUAAUGCACGACAUUUUUAUAUACACGCUUUUUUUGGGCACUGUCCCGUUUUCUGAGAGAUGGAUACGACGCCCAACGACACCGAGGCACAUUGUCUGUGCUCAUAUCUGGUCUACUUUCGUCGUCUCUCUUUCUCUCUCCGCCCAGGUUGGAGACGUCUCGAGCUGGGGCGGGUUUAGGGCUACCGGGCGGGGCGCCUCUUACGGACUUGGCGGAAUCAGUGGUUUUUUUCUUCUCUCUCUUGCUUCUCCGUUUUUCCGUCUCGGUCUAUGAUGGAGACGUUCCUUUUUUGGUCUGAUACCCUUCGCAUGUCGUGACGGCCUUGUAUGGGACUGGAUUUCUUUAUUCUUCCUCAUCACUAUAAAUUUUCUUCUUCCUUCCUGGUCAUGUUUCUCAUCCAACUCGUGUUUUGUCCUUUUUUCUCCAUGUUGCGGGCUCACGUUAUUCUCUCACCCUGGCUCCCUCCCCUUGGGCCCUUUUUUUCUUCUUCUCUCUCGAGCCCUGUAUGUACGAACAAGGAAAGAAAGUUGGGGGGAGACGGGGCGAUAAUACCUAGUCCUGUGAGAUGCUCGUGACGACGACGAGACUCUCUCACCAGCCUCCUCUGCGGCGUUGUGGGAGGAGAGUCGUGUUUCUUUUAGAGCUGCAUCAGGUGGGAGGACUCUCAAAUAACAAAAUACACUACAUACAAAACUUCUUCACUUG